AUGGUUCGAGAGAAAGUAACAGUAUCUACUCGGACACUACAGUGGAAGUGUGUUGAAUCAAAAGCAGACAAUAAACGUCUUUAUUAUGGACGCUUUAUUCUGUCUCCACUUAUGAAAGGUCAAGCUGACACAAUAGGCAUCUCGAUGCGCAGAGCUUUGCUUGGAGAAAUAGAAGGAACAUGUAUCACACGUGCAAAAUCUGAGAAAAUACCACACGAGUAUUCUACCCUAGUGGGUAUUCAAGAAUCGGUACAUGACAUUUUAAUGAAUUUGAAAGAAAUUGUAUUGAGAAGUAAUCUAUACGGAACUUGCGACGCGUCUAUUUGUGUCAGGGGUCCUGGAUAUGUAACUGCUCAAGAUAUAAUCUUACCGCCUUAUGUAGAAGUCGUUGACAAUACACAGCAUAUAGCUAGCUUGACGGAACCCAUUGAAUUGUGUAUUGGAUUACAAAUAGAGAGGAAUCGCGGAUAUCUUAUAAAAACGCCAAAUAAUAACUCUAAAGACGGAAGUUAUCCUAUAGAUGCUGUAUUCAUGCCUGUUCGAAACGCGAAUCAUAGUAUUCAUUCUUAUGGGAAUGGGAAUGAUAAACAAGAAAUACUCUUUCUUGAAAUAUGGACAAAUGGAAGUUUAACUCCUAAAGAAGCACUUCAUGAAGCCUCCCGGAAUUUGAUUGAUUUAUUUAUUCCUUUUUUACACACGGAAGAAGAAAACUUACAUUUAGCGAACAAUCAACACAUGGUCCCUUUACCCCCUUUUACCUUUCAUGAUAAAUUGGAUAAACUAAGAAAAAACAAAAAAAAAAGAGCAUUGAAAUCGAUUUUUAUUGACCAAUCAGAACUACCUCCCAGGAUCUAUAAUUGCCUUAAAAGGUCCAAUAUAUAUACAUUAUUGGACCUUUUGAAUAACAGUCAAGAAGACCUUAUGAAAAUUGAACAUUUUCGCAUAAAGGAUGUAAAACAGAUAUUGGGCAUUCUAGAAAAGAAUUUCUCAAUUAAUUUAGGGAAAAGGCCGAAAAUGGGUUUUGAAUCUUUAGCACAACUCAUAGAUUCGAAAUCGGGAUAA